AUGAUCACAUCCAUUAAGGAGCUAAUGAAAGAUGAUAUUGAAGUUGAAGAUAACUCUGAAUUUGAAAUAUUAAAUUUCCUAAUACAAUUAAUAGCUGCUAUAACAAUAUUUGAUUUAAUAAUUGAUUCACCAUUAAAUGUAGUAUCUAGUAGUAAUUCUGAAGAAGUGGGAGAUAAUUGCUUGGAUUACAAAGAUGGAGGAUGUUUAAAUGAAACAAUAAACGAACUUAAUUUGGAUCAUAUAGAACUGGAAGUUUCCAAUGAUAAGAUAAAAGAACUUUGUUUAGAUGAAGUAUCGAAUGAAUGCUUAGAAGAAGAAGAAGAUACUUUUUUAACACUAUUAUCAACAACAUUUAUUGAACCAUUAACUCCCAUAACCCCUAUAACAAAUUCGACAAAUGAAUGCUUAAAAGAAGAAGAAGAAGAUACAUUUUUAACAUUUUUAUCAACAACUUCAAUCGAACCAUUAACACCAACAAAACCUACUCAAAAUCAAAAUGAAUUAAAAUAUUAUUUAUCAAAAUAUUUUAAUUAUUAUCCAUUUGAUAAUAAUGAAGAAAAUGAAAAUAUAGUAAUUGAUUCUAAAAAGAUGAAUAUAUUAAAUUUAAAAUUAUCAAAUUCUUCAUUAAUUAAUUAUUAUGAAAUUAAUGAAAUUAUGAAUGAUCUGAACUACAACAAUAAAGAAAAUGUUGGUAUUGAUAAGAAAGAUAAUGAUAAAGAAAGUUUUAAAAUUUCUAAAAUUGAUACUAUUUUAAUAUUUAGUAAAAUUUAUUUUUUAAUUGAUGAAAUUUUAGAUUUUUUAACAAAUUUAUAA